GGUGCAUGAUAUUUUUUUCUUCUAGUUGCCUAGUUCGUCUAUUACCAUAUCACCUGCUAGUUCAUCUACACCAAAAGCGAUUGAAACACCGAGACCAUGCGAAGAAUUUGUUGCGACAGAAUCUGAUGGAGAAUACGAUGAUGACGACGAUGAUAGCGAUGAUGAAAACGGAUUACGCUGUUUUAUAUGCAAGAAACAAAAACCUUCAAAUGAGUUCCCAAAGUCGCCUAUAUCAGAGGAAUGCAAUCAUUAUCCUGGACACUGUUUAAGGUGUGUUGUUGAACAUGUCACGAGAACUGGCGAAUGUCCUCAUAAAAAAUGUGACGUUACUGUUGAACCAGACUGCGAAAUGGUGAAGUUCUUUCAAGCCAAACUGGACAGGAUGUUCGUUGACUAUUCUAAAGUUUUAGAGGAAAAUCGAAAACUGAUGACAGGUCAUGGUGGCCCAGUCUUUUCUGUCUCCGCUAUGAAUGGUGACACGGCCUGGAUAGAUUAUAAUCCUAGCAUGACAAUUGUAGAGUUGAAGAGGGAAAUAGAAACACAACUUGGCAUAAAAGAGUCUCAGCAAAAGAUUCUCUACAAGGAACGAGGUCUAAAGACUGUCAAAGGACCAGGGCAAAAUUUCACACUAUCAGAUUAUGGAAUUACAGAGAACACCUCGCUAAGCCUUAUUGUGCCGUUGUACUGUAUACCAGAGAAUCUUGAUCACGUGGUGUUUGAUCUCUCUUGGGAGUUUCCAAAAGUAAAUCCAGAUUUCCUUGACGCCUCGUGUCUGGCUUUCGAGAAAACUGAAUUUAUUCAAGUCAUUGACUGGAACCACUCUACUAAUGACUAUUAUCUGAAAGGGGCAAUUCAACACUCUGCUAAAAAUGUCAAGACAGCUGGAGGACGGAUCGGUCAUCAGAGUAUCCACGUGUAUUUGAAGCGGUUGCCUAGCAACAUUACUCAUCUGUACUUCACAUUAAGCUCAUGGAAAGCACCAAAUCUCUCCGCCUUCACUAACCCAAGUCUUCAGUUUUACGAAGCAUCCGAUCCUGAUACCAACUUGUGCAGUACAACAAUAAGCCACGCCCUGAGCAGUCAGGCGGUCGUCAUGUGCUCUGUUGUCAGGGCGGGACCACAAUGGCAAAUAUUUGAAUGUGAUGUCAGUGGAUGCGUCAAUGGAAAUACAAAGAAAUAUAAUCCAAUUCGGGAACAAAUAGCUAACCUGAUAGCCAAUGAAUAAAUUCCCCUGUAAACUCUGAAUACUUUUGUAAAUUUUGACAUUGGUAUUGCACUCUGACAUUUGUUUAAAGGUAUAUUUAGUAUUUGUCUGACGUUAACUUUAAUAUUGAACCUUUUGAAGCGUUCAUUUAUCAAUUUUUGCUGUGCAAUGUUUAAAAAAGAACAUGACUGUCACGAAGUGUUUAUAGGAGAAAAAACUAUUGUUGUCUUCUAAACUGUGCAAUUUCAUGGUAUAUCAGAUGGUCGAAAUUUUGAGUUUAUAUACGAUACGAUUACAAAUUAACUUUCAAAUUGAGCUAAGACGAAUGUUCAACGAAAAGUGUAAAAACUUAACUUAGUUAUGAAAACACAAAUGUUACAAAUUCAUAGCUUGCGUUUAAUAUAUCUUUAUAACUUUUUGUUGUUUGUAUUAUCAAGUUUUUGCGUAUUUGCUAAUACUUAAUUGUGUUUUAGGACCAUUAGGACGUAUAACUGUAAUUAAGUCUUCAUUAUUGCCGAUGUUAACUCAGUUACUUAUACCUCUUCCAAACCCAAAUAGUCACUGGAUAAAUAAUAUAAAUAAAAUUUCUUUGACUUCAAAUGGAAUGGUCCAUCUAGAAUAAAUAAUAGCAUUGUCAUUAAGGAUUAUACAGAAGGUGGUUUGAAAAUGACUGAUGUGUUAUCAUUUAUGAAUAGUUUUAAACUGACCUGGCUUAGAAGGUUUUUAAUAGGAGGUGAUAAUAAAUGUUAUGCAUUAGCUAAUGUUAUUAUAAAUACUGAAAAAUUGUUCAAUUGUGGAAGAUUGUAUGCAGAAAUAGUAUAUAUUUGGAAAGAUGUUGUUAAAUGUUAUAUUGAUUUUAUAAACAUUUUCCCAAUUGAUAGUAUGGACAAAUUCUGUCGUAUGCCAUUGUUUAUAAUCAUAACUUUAUAAUGGAUCAUGAACAUGUGUUCUUUAAGGAUUAGUAUGUAAAGGGGAUUAGAUAUGUCAGCGAUUUAUUGGAUGCUAGCUAAGCGGUAAUUUUAUGACAAAGCAUGAAUUUGAUAGAAAAACUGGCUUAUAUACAAGUUUCUUUCAAUUUGAAGGAUUCAUUAGAAGCAUCAAAUACUUUUUAAAAGACAGAACAGAAUUAAUCAGUGACAAAUCUAUUCCCCACCUCCCCUUGAUACCAUGUUAUUUUCAACCUAUAUUACUAUGUAAACAAGGUACUUCUAUUAUUUACAAUAUGUUGACAACCAAUUAUGAAAAGCCUACCCCCAAGGUGCAUGGUGUAGUGUUUUUGAUAUACAUGUAGUUCCUUUGGAGUGGAAACAUUGAUACAGUUGGAUUUCUAAACUAACAAAUGAUACGUACUUUUUAUUGUUUCAAACUAGGCUUUUGCAUAGAAUUUAAGCAACAAAUACUUUGUUGAAAAAAAAAAUGAAUAUUGUGACUGAUGAAAAAAUGUUCUUUUUGUUAAAGUGAGAAUGAAACAAUUGUUUCGGGAAUGUGAAAAAGUAAAGUAAUUUAUAGCUUAUAUCAGAUAUCAAUGAAUAUGUCAAAACACUCAAAGUAAAUUUUGAGAUAGAUUGCAAAACUUUUAUUUUCGGAAAUCCCCCAAAAAAGUUUUGAAAGUUAUAACAUACUUUACCUAGAAAUCAAAGGAUAUUAUAUGUUAUUUUGGUUUUGGAGUGAUAUAUGUGGAUAUAUUACCUGUUAAGAUUUUAUAUCACCCGAGCCGUUAGGCGAGGGUGAUAUUUUAUCUUGGCAGGUAAUAUAUCCACAUAUAUCACUCCAAAACCAAAAUAAUAAUUUUAUUACCCUUCCCCUGCCGAGUUUAGACGAUUUUUUAAAAAAUCAUUGCUUUUUCAAAUGAAACGUCGAAAUAAGAUUCCCUUUAGGAUACCUCUUCGUCACAACAUGACGUCACAUAAAUACAUGACGUAUCUUUCCCGUACCUUACAAAAGUAAACAAGAGAAAAGGAGUAGUCUAUUGAACGCACGUUUUUGUAAUUAAUAUCAAGCUUUCACAAGGUCAUAUUUGUUUUUGAUACUGAUGGUAAUAUGUAUCAUUACUCUAGUUUGGAAAAUAUUGAUCAUUUGACAGUUAAAAAGUGCUUUUAAAUCGGAAUUUACACCGCGUAAAAAUCGAACCGUACGCGCAUCACCUCGGCGCAUGUUGUUUACAACGUUGGGUACCAAACGGGGAAAUUUAGUGUGUAUAUUACCCGUCUGGCUCGGUUAUAUCAAUUUCUUUCGGGUGAUCAAUAUCCAAUCAAAAAGGCGGAAAAAAUCUGGAAGGGUAAUAAAUUUAUUUAUGUAAGAGAAAAUGUAUUGUUCCAAAUCUGAAUGGGCCGAAAGGAAGGUUAGAAUUAGCCUAAUCAAUUGUUAAAAAUACAUUUUGGAAAAUAAACUGUCAAAUUGGUCCAUGGUAAAAUUACUAUGUGAAAUAUAAUUUAUCAAUGAUUUGCUUUUGAUUAAAUUAAAGAUUGUUAAAAGUGGAUUGUUCUACAUUUCUGAAUUGGCACAUAUUAUUGUUUUGUUUUUUGGAUAUUCUUAUAAAGUAUUGCUAGAAGUAAAUAAAAUGCAAAGUGAUUCAGAACGAACAUUUAAAUAUAUUAAUAUGUUGUAUUUCAUUGUAAGCCAAUUCACUUAAAAAAAUACAAAAUGAUGUUGCAGUAUUUGUAUAUUGAAAUUGUUUUGUCAAAUUUCAUUGCAUUAACAUUAUCUGAAUUAUAUUGUUAUAUUGAUGUUACAUAUGUAUAUGACAUGCAUUUGUAAAUUUGUAAUAAAAAAAAUACUAAAUUGCGUUUUUGUUUUUUAUCUCAUAUUUGUUUCAUAUAAUGUUUAAUUCGUCUAGCAAAUGUUUUUUUUUUGUUUGUUUUUUUGUUACUUUUUUGUGUUUGUUUUGCUGAAUGAUGUACAUUGUAAAUGUUUUUUAUUUAUUUUGUCUUAAUUUGUCUUGGCAAUAUUUUUGAAAUUGAACUAACAUAUCAUUUGUGUCGAUUUGUUAACAUGCCAAUGCUCUGAAGUUUUGGCCUUAUAGCUAACGUAACAUUUAUCAGUAAACAUAUGGAAAUAUGAUGCACAAGCAUUGAAUUGUUUUGUCUAUAUGUAAUUUGUUGAACACUAUAUACUUAUAAGAAGUUUAAUAUAUAGUUCAUGCAAUGAAUUAUUAGAAAGACA